AUGUGUAAAACUUGGGCAAGGGGUAAACCUGCAAAAUUGAAAGCACACCUAGCUAAUAAAUGCUUGCCUUGUCCACCAGAUAUUAGUAAAUUUUGGAAAGAUACACUUGCAACAGAAGUGGUCAAUUACUCUCGUUCAAAAAAAAAUCCUACUACACCUCUUCCUGGUAUACAACCAUAUAUAACAGAUCAUUUUGGUUCAAAAAAACCUCUACCACUUUUUGUUACUGAAAGAAUUGAUCAUGCUUUGUUGAAAGCAUGGUUUGAAGCAAAAUUAUCUCCUUAUGACUUACCAUAUGUUGAAGAAAUGGACACACCUGAACUUUGGUGGGGUUUGAUUAAAAAUAAACCUAGCCACUUAUCUCAGAUUAUUUGGAAUAACCCCAACUCAAUCAAAUUGUGA